AUUUAUUAUUUUUUGUUGACGUCAGAACUGUGUGAACGGAAAGGAAGAACGGAACGUAAUAGAACCGACCAAUGAAUGAAGGCACGUUGACAUUUGACAUUGCAUGACCAAGUUGUGAACUGUCAAAGUCGAAGUAAAGUUUUAGUUUGAAGAGUGAACAUGUGUUUACUUUUAUUUAUUUGCUUCGAAUAAUACUGGAAAUAAGACAUUACUUAUAUAAACAUUUUAAAAUCGCAUUAAAAGUAUGCAUUAUUUUAUCAAACCAGCGAAACUGUUCAAUUGGUUUCAGUUUUCGUUAGCAGUUUUAAUCGGAAGAAAUGUACCUCUUUCUGAAAGAUGAUCACAAGCUCAAACGAAAAAAGGCUGUGCCUGAAUUGGAUCGGUUCAAACGACGUUUGAUCCUUACUAUAGGUCAUCUGUUGGUGCGUGACAAGAAACCUGAACAAGAAGUAUGGGAAAUUUUGAAGAGAGACACUGGCUGCAACUGCAAGCUGCUAUGGUCGCGUAUGCGAGCGUUGACAUUGAAGAAGCUGGAGCGUCACUUGAUAGCGGAGGAUCGUGUCGACCGCGUACCAAGCAGAGCCAGGAUGAACAUCAUAGACUGGAUGAUGGUAGACCACGUGCUUGUCCAUCAGGACCUCGACUUUAUUGGACAGGACUUAAAUUUUCCUGAAAACUUCUCGGCUUUCGAUGAGCUGUUCAACCUCGUUAAUAUGUUCGAGAUUGAAGGGCUAAAGGGUGAGGCCCUGGCUGAGGCGUGGUCAUCAGCUACUCUGCAUUAUAAUACCAAUGGCCACCAAUGCUCCCCGUUGUUGCUGCAGAAGCGAUGGUAUCAGAUGAAGGCUAACACGAGGAGUAAAUUCUAUAACUUCUGGUACGCCUACAAAGGGUGCAUCAAGAGGUUGCAUGUCGCUGAUCCAUACAAACCUACGCCGUUGGAACAUGCCAUUGCUAGGAGGUACAAAAGUUUGAUAACAAGUCCACACCUUAGCUGGGAAGAGCUAAUAGAGCAGAGAUUAGUUACGUUACCUGACGAGUUUGAAAGGAAAAUGAUGGAACGUGCAGGUUUUUCUAUGCAUUUGCGGAGGGCAUCGUAUGACGACGCAUCAGAUUUAGUGCUGGUAGAACCUAGAGUAGAAACAAUAGACCUCAGACAGGAAUCUGAUGAGCCACGAGGUGAAAGUAAGAAGGAGGAAACCACCUUACCACCAAUGGUAAGAGUUAAGCAAGAACCACCAGACCCUGACUUAGAGCCUGAACCUCAAGUGGAAGUACCAAAAAAGUCAAUAUACGAAGAAGUCCUAGAAUCAACGCUGAAAGAGAAUCAAGUAAUAGAUGCAAUGCUUACUAGAGGAUACUUCGAUGUUUACACUGAGAAAAGCGAUGAGAUAGAAGCAGUUGAUUUAGAAGAAAAACACGAAAUGAUGAUGCCUCAAAUAACUUGUGUUUUCAGUAAUGUUAGUGAAGGUAAUCUUGAUAUGUACAGUGGUACGGAUAAGAAUACUCUACCUACAGAUGAAGAUAUUAAUAAAGAUACAGCUAAACUUGACGAUACUGCAACAGUAACAACUGAAGGUGAUGUUGAACCUGUUACAGUUGAUAAUAAAACUCCUACAGUUGAUGUUGAUGGUCAAGUUGAAACUGUCGAGGAAGAAAAUGGUGUUAUUCAACUUGAUGAUGCUGACAAAGACAGUAAUGUUCAUAAAGUUGACGAUGUACCUGAAAAAGUUGAUGAUUUAACUGAUAAACUUGAUAAAGUUCAUGAUUUAACUGAUCAAGUUGACGACUUAACUGAAAAAGUUCAUAAAGUAACUGAUAUUGUUAAAAUUUACAGUAAAACUGUGACAGUACAAGAUGAAAACCAUACAGAUGAAUUUGAUGAAGAUGAUCUUACAAGUACUCCUAUAAGUAACGACGAAACGAAUGUACCAGAAGUAGUUGUAGAAGAAAAUACUCAAAACAAGAAUGAUAAAGUCUUUGAAGACCAAACAACAGAUGUAGUAGCUCCAAUUAGAAGUGAAAAUGAAACCAUUAAUAAGAACCCUUUGCUCAAAACAAUUCUAGAUCAGACUGAAAAGGAAAUUGAGAAUGACGUUGAAGUUAUAGAAGACGUAGGAAGUAUGAAGCCUGUUGUAAUUACUGACUCCGAAGACGAACCUCACAGUGAUCCUAUAGAAAAACCGAUGGACACUACACUUAAUGACAGUCCUGAACAUGCAAUGGAAAUAACUGAAGACACAACAGCUAAGGCUACAAAAGAUGAUGAAGCUAUGAAUGAAGAAGAUAGUAAAGCUAAUGUUAAAAUUGAUGCAUUAAAAUUCUCGUUUGGAGAGCUUCCUCAGGAAUUUAGUUUCGUUGAUGAUGGCAUUGAGUUGGCUGAUGAUGGAAUCGCAUUUGAUGACUACGAUGAUCAUAUUGAAAUCAAAACUGAGCCUGAAACGGAAGAGCCGAAAAUAGAUCCAAAGCUACUGAUGGUCCCCGUCGUGUACGUCACAAGGUUAGAGGAUUUAAAUAUAUGUCGUAACGAACCUUUAGAUCAGAUCCGAAAUAAAGAUCUAUUAGAUGCUGUCAUCAUUAAUAGUCUACCAAUUAAACAAGAAAAGAUCAGUAAACAAGAACCAGAAGACAUAAUCGAAGAUACACCAAUCACGCCAGCUGAUGAUAAUGUCGAAAGUAUGUCUACUGAUGAAGAUUCCAAUGAUAGCGUGAUACCGGAAAAUGUAAAAGUCAAACCAACCAGCUAUUUGUUACAGAAGCCACGUAGUCGCAGCUACAACCCUAUACAACUUUGUAAAAACCCAGAUUUCAAUACACGAUUAAAAAGAUUGACUGUAGGAUUCUUCAAAUCACAUCGUAACCGAGCACUAAUCAAACAUUGUAAACCCUUAACAAUCGACAUGUCUAAAGCAUUCGAAACGAAACUUAUUAACGGCACUUUAUACCUCAAACCCGAGUCCACAGACGAUAAGCUUGCAAUUGAAUUAACCGAUGAUUCAGAAAUUGUUCAAAACGCUACAGUAGUUCCCUCGGCUAUGAUCGCUCAAAGUCUUAUAGACAAUACGAAAACAACUGAUAUUCUACCCUUAAUACGUGAAGCAGAAAUGGCACCGAAACCUACAGAACAUGAAAGAAAUACAAGAAUUAAUUUGCCAGACAUAUCAGAGAUUCGGCGAAUUAACCAACGUCUUCUCACUGCAGAAAUUACACCAAUACAAGUACAAAAUAAAACGUUCCAAGCACCCGUAACUCUUAUCUCAAAUGAGCCUGCUCAGAGUCCCGUUGUAAUCAGUACUCCUACUGCAGACGUAACCAUGGUACACUCAGCAGCGUCUGAAAAUAUUUCGGGUCACAUAAUUAACUCGCUACCUGAAUCAAGCACUCGCGGGCAGGUUGGUUUCCUAAGAGGUCACGGACGCGGGUCCUAUAAUGGGAGAAAAAUGACACAGUCAAAAUUCAAGUCGAGACCUUUUAAAUCUUAUACGGCUAUAAGUUGGUUAUCAAAGUCUAACGAUCCAGUUCUCAUUAGCAAGGAACAAGAAACACUCUUAACUCUGGAUACCGUAAACAAAAUUUUAAAUAUAUUAGGUGACAAAGAUUUACCGAACGAAACACAGAAAAAACAGAAGGGUAGUGAUAAAAAUGAAAAGAAAAUAGAUAAAGGCAAUCAGAUGGCAAAUAACGAAACACAAGCUGAAAAUAAUAUUGAUACGGGUGUCUGUAAGCUCCGAAUUAAUGUCAAAUCUGCGGAGAAUGGCCCGCGUACAUUUAAACCAAGGAAGAAACGGGGACAAGAAACAGGAACCACAACGGAUUCAACCAACGGACAGGCACAACCAAAAAAACGGCUGCACUGUUGCUGGAGUCGACAACGAAUGUUACAGUUGCUUUUUUCUAAGAAACGCAUACCGGAUCACGACUGCCGCGAGGGUAAUUGUAUUUGCUGCUGUCGUCAGUUGUUGUGGUCUUAUAUAGCGCAAGAAAAGAGAUUACAAUCGGCGCAAAAGCUUGCUGAAAAAAACAAUGCGAUGUGUGAGAGAGAUUCAGCGUGUGCCGAAGCGGCUAGUGCUUGUGAAAACCUUAAUCAAGACGGUUCCCGGAACGCAGACAAAGUGGUAGGUCCAGCGGUAACUAAAGUUUCAGCUUCACAAAUUAAUCUACCACUUGUUCCAAAAGUUACAGUUGAUAGUGGUGCUCAAACUGAGAUUCGUCCUAAUGUGAGCACUGUAGGCUUGGGAAGCGAUGUAAAGGCAACGACAAUCAUGACAACUACACCAGUCGUACAAAAUUUAUCAGCACCAGGGUACCCGACGAUAACAGUACCGUUAGUUGAUACAUUAGGUAUUCCAAUGAUUGAAGCACAACCAGUGUCUACAUCAGAUUUGAACUUGACAAAAUCUAAAAGUUUAAAAACAUAUACUAACUCAAUUGAUAAGAAACCCUAUCUGCCAACACAAACAAAAUCUGGUAAACCAUUCAAGCCACCGAAAUUUUUGAAAGAAAAGUUGAUAUUCCUAAACAGCAAGCAUAUUUCUGAAAAGCCUACAAAGAAUCCAAUAUAUUUAGGAAAGAAUAAAGUAUUGAUGACCACAGUCAAAUUUCCUUGGAAUCUGAAAUUAUUCGAAGAAACUAAACAAGCUUUGGCAUCCACAUUGAAGUUGCCGGCCGGAAUAAGCUUAGUAUGUCUACCUGACGGAACAGUAUCAUAUAGCAUAGAUAAUGUUCAGGUCAAAGCAGUAGAUUUGGCAAUGAUGCCGUUUAUUAUAGCAACAGUACAAAUGCACAUGAACAAUGCCCUACUGCAACAGCAAUCACAAUCCGAACAAAAUGACCAGCCGAUAGCUAACUCAAAUGAAGUAAUUGAUCUAGUUGACGAUGAAGAUGAAGACCAUAAGAAAACGGAAAAGCAGCUUGACACAAAUAAUAGUACCGAUACUAAUGACACUGGAAAUGUAAUGAAUUCGACUGUAACCACUUGUAUACAGGAUAACGCACAAGUAAGUCAGGAUAAAAUACUCGUAUCAGAAGCACAAUUGCUUCAAACUGAUCUUAGCAGGACUGAUGCAUCACAAUCGCAAGAAGUAACAAUCGAAAUGGAGUCGACUCAGUCUGAUCCACCAAACUUGGCUUCAAAUUCUCAACUACAGCCCACUUUAAAUUCCACAGAGGAUCAAAAUGAACUUGUUCCUACAAAUCAGUCUGAAAGUAUAGAAGCUGUAAAAGAAUUACCAACAGAGCCUGGACAACCUAAGGAAAAUGAAGAUAAAGCCGAGAAGGAAUUAUUGGUAGAGCAAAGUACAGAACAAGCGCAACCUGGCCAUUCAAGUCAGUUGGAGAGUCUUACAGUUACACAGGAAUUCCAUUUACCAACAAAUGCUGGACAACCAAAUCAAACUGAAGUCCAUGAAAGUGUACCAACUGAAGUACAAAGCCAGCCUGACGUACUAAUACAAAAACCUCCAACAGAGAACACUGUACAUCCUGAACAGAGCACACAUCAACCGAAGAAAACUAAAAACAUACUUUCGGACUUGAUGGAAAUGUCGGGUAUAUUUGAUGACGAUGUGGCACCAACUCCUCAAGAAACGUUGCCUAUACCUGCUCAGCAAGAAACAUUGCCUACACCUGCUCAACAAGAAACAUUGCCUACAUCUGCACCUCCACCUCUAUCUAUACUUUCGCAAAUGGUUGGAUCUGUAGCACAACCUGUCAUCCAACCGACGGCAAAACUGCAGGGCACUAUACUGGGUCCCAUACCCAAUAAUUAUCUUUCUUGCCAACCUCUUAUAAAAACACCCCUUGGGGAUCUCUCCCCAAUUACGUCGCUCUAUGAACUAAAGUACGCUUGUGCGAAUAAAGGAAUAUUCUUUAAAUUAGAUUUUGAUACAGGAUAUCUCGUUCCCAUAAACGUUUGUCUAAAAGCACCUGUGAAACAACAAACUAAAGUUGUUGCUGAAAAGGCAGUAAUCGAUCUAACGAGCGAAGGAAAAUCGAAUCAACCCCAACCAAACCGCAAGAGAAACAUAUCGUUACUUUCACCCAGAAAAGGGUUACUUACACCUGCAAUUGUUACAUCGGAACCUACCGAGGCUACCGAGGCGGGAGCUAGUCUAGGUAAACCUUGUUCAUUGGUGAAAGUCGGAAUACCUUCCAUAUUACGUCGGUUAAAUGCAGAUAAUAAAUGUCAAGAAAAUAUUAACACAUGGAUUAAGGAGCGUGGUCACAUGAUUCACAAGCGGAAACGGAAACAGCUUUUGCAACAUUACGACUUGAAUGACACCGAAUAUAGUAUUGUUCUACCUUCGUCUAAGAAGGCCACUAAGAGACACAAAAGUACCGACUCCCAGGAGCCGACUGCGUCAACGUCCCGUGUCGAGAAAGAGGAUGUAACCACUAUAUACGAUUCCUCAGAUGACGAACCUUUAUCUAAAGUAGCUAAUUUGAAAAGACAAGAGGAGAAUAAGCGAACAACACGAAUUGUAAUCGAUUUGCCAACAAUGGAACAGGAGGAACAGCUAGAUGAUGAUAUGGAUAUACAUGAAAAUAUACCGGAAUUGGACCAAAGUUAUAGUUCUGAUGAUGAUGAAGAAAAUUGUAUAUUAGGAGUUUAAAUUUUCUAUUUCGACUGGAUAAGAUCUGACUGUAACACAAUUUAAAUUCUGAGGCUUUUUAGAACUUAGUAAUUGAUUGUGUCCCACAUGAUGUUACUAUCACAUGUUUCUUCAAAUAUUACUCAUAACAUGUUUUACUACAAACUUUUCAUUGGUAACUUUAGCAGCGCCGUUGUAAUAGGGAGCGAAUCCAUUGCCAUCGUGAGUGUGUUUAUAUCUAAGUGAGGUCUAAGUUAAAUAAUUAUUUUAUAACUUUCGUGGCUUACCAGUAAGUACACGACAUGGCUGUAGUUUUAAUACCUCUAACAUUACCUGGCUAAUCUCAGUAGGUACAUGUUUAAAUGAUAAUUUAACAAAGAGUUGUAAAUAUCUUAUUCAUAGGACGUAUUUUUAGAUUUUAUUUCUUAAGAAAUAGUAGAACAUAUGAUAUAAUAUGCAAAUAUAUAAUGCCUGGCACGAAUUAUGGCAUUAUGGAAUUUGUAUUUUUGUUUUCUUAUUAUUGGUCACGUUAACUUUCAAAAUUAAGUCCUUUUCCUAUUCUAAAAUUAACUUUCUUUCAUAUCUUCUUUUACAUAGUUAUAAGUAAAAUCAUUUAGUUAUGUAGGUAACGAGAAAUAAUGACACAAUGCGUCCCCCUUAAUGAAAAAUCUAGUCAUGAUUCGUGCCGGUGAUUAUAUGUUAAUACAGUAUUGUAUUGUAUAGUAAAACUAAGUGUUUCAAUUAUAAGUAACAUAAUCCAUUGCGAUAGAAUCCCGUGGAUUAUAACUGUGAUAUUAUUUAAGGAUUUUAAAAUAUUACGGGGAUGUUUUUCAAUCUAAUAGAUAAGAUAGGUCUAGAAUUUGUGGGAUUCUCAUUUUUUUUGUGUAAUUGGUGUUGGGAAUACUUGAGAACAUUAGAAAUUUAAUUUAAUUCAGCUACCAUACUCUGUAUUUUUAGCCCUUUAGCAUUAGGAAAUGGCUUGUUCCAUAAUCGUAUUCUUUCAUUCCAUCACAAUUAAGUUCAUCACAAGUACCAGUAUCACAAUCCUGCACCUUAACUUGCACAAAUAAUCUUGUUUUUUUUUUCUUCUUUAAACAUUGGCCCACUAGGAUUUUCUUCUGUGUCGUGGAUUCAUGCAGAAUAGAUUCCGUGACGCGUUGCGCUGUAACAGGUAAUGUAAUCCAGCGACUGCGCCAACCGUCUUGUAAGGGCUCUAAGGGAUGUUUCGUUUUUUAAAUGGAUACUUGCAAAUUGUAUGCAUGCCAAAUAAUAGAUACAUCAUUUAUUAUUAUAUCAUUUGCAAAUGUCAGUUUUUGUAUGUAACGCAGUGGAUUUUAAUUGAAGAUGACGGUUUAUUAACGUCAAUAACUGAAAUUAUCUACUAAUUUCAAGCCACAGUGGGACUUUCAUAUGAGCAGUGUGCGCGGACGCGGCCGCGGCGACUGACGUCGCGCAGCCUACUACUGCCAAGUGCUUGCGCGUGCGUCUGUAGUUAUUAUACAGUGAAUAUUAGAAUACUAUAAAUCCAAAAUCCAAUACACUGACAUAAUUGGGAUGAUGACGGGGUACGAAAAUUAAAAAAAAAAACAUAAUUAGUCCAUCAGUUAGGUAAUAUAUUA